AUGGCCGUCCCCAUCCAACCCCCCUCACCCCCCGCCUCUGGCACCACCUCUCCAAAGGAACAACACGCACAGCCGUGGAUCACGACUCCCCUCAAGGAGUCAGCCGCGCUCUCAAAGGCGGCGGGAUGCAGAAUCUUCCUCAAGCUAGAGAACCUGCAGCCGAGCGGCAGUUUUAAGAGCCGAGGCAUCGGCCACUACAUCCUCCGCGCCCUCUCCACCCUCCCCCCGGGCACGCGCCCACACAUCUUCUCCUCCAGCGGCGGCAACGCCGGCCUGGCCGCCGUGCACGCCUCGACCGCCCUCGGCCUACCCGCCACCGUCUGCGUCCCGCUCUCGACGAAGCCCCUCAUGAUCGCCAAACUCCACGCCGCCGGCGCCCACGCCGUCGUCUCCCACGGCGCCGCCUGGGCCGAAGCCGACGCGCACCUGCGCGACACCAUCAUCGCGGCCCACGAGGCGAAGGGCGGCGUCGCGAUCUACACGCCGCCGUUCGACCACCCGGACAUCUGGGCGGGGAACAGCACCGUGGUGCGCGAGAUCGCGGCGCAGAUGGCCGCCGCGGGGGAGGGAGCGCCGGAUGUGGUGAUGUGCAGCGUCGGCGGUGGCGGGUUGCUGAACGGAGUUGUAGAAGGACUCGACGCGCUUGGCCUCUCUGGCAGUGUCGACGUGCUGGCGCUGGAGACGGCGGGCGCGGAGAGCCUGGCUGCGUCGAUGGCGGCGGGGAGUUUGGUGAGCUUGGACAAGAUCACGAGCCAGGCGACGAGUUUGGGGGCGGUGAGGGUGGCGCGGAAGGCGUUUGAGUACGCGAUGCGGGAGGGGAGUCGGGUGAGGAGUGUCGUGCUGCCGGAUGCCGAGGCGGCGAUGGGGUGCUGGCGGCUGGCGGAUGAUGAGAGGCUGAUGGUCGAGUUGGCGUGUGGGGUGAAUGUGGCGUUGUGUUAUGAUGGGCGGCUUGAGAAGGCGUUGCGAAGAAAGGUGCGACCAGAUGAGAAGGUGGUGGUUGUGCUGUGUGGAGGCAGUAAUGUGACGGCGGAGAUGUUGCAUGGGUGGCGCGAGGAGUACGGGUGGGUUGAGAAGGGGAUGCCGAAGACGGAGGCGCCGAGUGAGGUUGUGAAGCCUGUCGUUUAG